AUGAAAUCCGUGGACUGUAUGCACGUCAUCCAACAGAAGGAUUCCACCUCUGCCCCUCCUGGUGCUGCUUCAGGCACUACGGGACUUUUUUCUGUCACAUUCCUGUGGCUUGCAAUGCUCCUGUCCUCUUGUCUUGCAGCAGCGUCUCUUUAUCAUGUUAUCACUCUGAAAACAGAACUAGAAGCUCUGCGCAGCGAGCUGAUCUACAGGGUCCAGGCAAGGUCUCCGUUAGACCUGCCGCCCACAUCCCCGGCUGAAAAUAAAGCUGGUACUCCUGUUUCUGCCUUCUUCCAAGUGUCUGCAGCUGGCUCCAGGCAGGAGAACAGGCUUCCUGGUCCUGGCCCUGCUGAAAGCUUCCAAAAGGAAAUCUGGAGUAGCAGCAGAAACAGGGGCAGAAGGUCUGUUAUCCACACAGAACAAACAGUGCUGCAGGCCUGCUUGCAACUGAUCGCUGACAGCAAAAGUGACAUCCAACAGAACGACGAUUCAAGCAUUGUCCCUUGGCUUCUGAGCUUUAAACGUGGAACAGCUCUGGAAGAACAAGGAAAUAAAAUAGUGAUCAAAGAAACAGGAUAUUUUUUCAUAUACGGCCAGGUUUUAUAUACAGAUACAACAUUUGCUAUGGGACAUCUAAUACAGAGGAAGAAGGCCCACGUGUUUGGUGACGACCUCAGCUUGGUGACAUUGUUUCGUUGCAUCCAAAAUAUGCCACAGUCUUAUCCGAAUAAUUCUUGCUAUACUGCUGGCAUUGCAAAAUUAGAAGAAGGGGAUGAGCUUCAACUUACAAUACCACGGAGAAGGGCCAAAAUAUCCUUGGAUGGAGAUGGCACUUUUUUUGGUGCAGUUAGGCUGCUCUGAAGCCCACCAUUUCUGUUAUCAUGCUUAAUGCACUUGUUUUUCUUUCCUAUGCCUUUGUCAGAAAAACUCAAUAAAUAAAUAAAUGGAUGGUAAUAAAACUGCCAAAUCUCUCCCCACCCACCACCAGCUUCUGAGAACUUUUCUUCAUUUGAAUAAGCAAAGCCAAAACAGGAAACAGAUAUACUUGUGAGAUGUAACCAUCAUAUGAUUACCAGAAAGCAAAUUUGGUUUAAGCAACGAUAAACUGCAAACAACAACUGUAAAGUAAUGGGGGUUUGGCUUUGAAAUAAUUUCUCAUCCAUAAGGCAGACCAAAGAAGAAGCUGACCAUGGAAGUUUGACAU